GAGAGGAGAGGACGAUGACUAGCGGAGGAGAGCACGAUGACUGGUGAAGGAGAAGACGAUGAUUGGCGGAGAGGACGAUGACUGGCGGAGCAUAGGCAGAUCUGUUCUGUUGAUGGAAGAAGGAGGUGAGUGGCGAAGGGCUGAGAUCGGGGAGGUAGUUGUGGAGUCACCGACGGCUGGGAUCAGGAAGGCAGUUGGCCGACGAUGACUUCGCCUGCUCUAUUUCGUUUUAGCUUCUACAUCUGGAUUUUGCUUCUGCACAAACGAAGGGUUUGCUUUUUGGUUUUGUUUCUGCACAAGGCUGGAAGCCGCCGACGAAGGUGGCUGAGAUUGGGCAGGGAAAGGCAGGUGGUGGUGACUUUAGCUUUUUUUUUUUUUGGUGGAAGUUUGAGACUUUAUUUUUGUUUUUUAAUUGAUUUUAUCUUUUAAUUUUUAAUUUAAAUAUAUGAUUUUUAUUGUA